AUGGCAUCAGCACUCCAAAAUGCCGCCGUUUCACUCCAAUCCAAAAUCCGACCACCAGCAAGACUCCCAACAAACUUCACCUCCCCAAAACCCCUCAACCUCUCCUUCUCCACCACCCUGCCUUCCCUCAACCUCUCCACCACCACCAACCGCCGCCGUGGUGGCUCAGCCUUGGGGACCAAAAUGUCAGCAACAGCAGCAGGAAGUUACGCAUCCGCACUGGCUGACGUGGCAACAUCCAAUAAUACAUUAGACUCAACCGCGGCCGACGUCGAGAAGGUAGACAAAUUCUUUUCAGACCCAGCAGUGCGUGACUUCUUUGCUAACCCAACAAUAGACUCAGAAAAGAAACGGCAAGUCCUUGAUGAGGUUGCCAAGUCAUCUUCUCUCCUACCUCACACAGUAAACUUCAUUAACAUCCUUAUAGAUGCUAAGAGGAUUGAUUUGGUCAAAGAUAUAGUGCAAGAAUUUGAGAUUGUCUACAAUAAAUUGACGGAUACACAGCUUGCUGUGGUGAGUUCUGUUGUGCCUUUGGAGUCCCAACAUUUGGCACAGAUAGCAAAACAAGUGCAGAAACUGACUGGAGCUCAGAAUGUAAGGAUUAAGACUGUGAUUGAUCCAAGUUUGGUUGCUGGGUUUACAGUAAGGUAUGGGAAUGGAGGGUCUAAGUUGAUUGAUAUGAGUGUGAAGAAACAGUUGGAGGAGAUUGCUGCUCAGCUUGAUUUGAGCGAUAUUGAACUUGCUGCUUAA